UCCCAACCUGUCGUGUCGUUAAAUUCGAGUCUUUCCCAAUUUUCAUUCUGAAACCACUCAACCAACCAUGGCGGCUGCUGCGACCCCGUGCUCAACUGGCUUUAGGACUCAGACCCCAUGUCCGAAACUGGAUUUAUAUAAUGGGCUUUCAAGGUUGAGAUAUGAGCCUGUGCAUUGGAGGGUACCCAGUUGGAGAACAAGUUAUUUUGAGCUGCUUUCAGUAGCAACAAUAAUGACUCGGAAGAAGAAUAAGCUGAAAAAGUUUUGUGCUACAGCUGAAAAGGACAAUGCCGUGACUGUUACCCGUUCUCUGCGUCCUUCUGUCACUCGCUCCAAGGUGCAACGCCACACUAUUUCAGUGUUCGUUGGUGAUGAGAGUGGGAUUAUAAACCGGAUUGCAGGGGUUUUCGCAAGGAGGGGUUACAACAUUGAAUCUCUCGCUGUUGGUCUAAACAAGGAAAAGGCUUUGUUUACCAUUGUUGUAUCCGGAACUGAAAAAAUUUUACGGCAGGUUGUGGAGCAGCUUAACAAGCUUGUCAAUGUCAUAAAGGUGGAAGAUAUCUCUAGGGAGCCACAAGUAGAACGUGAACUAAUGCUCAUAAAGCUCAAUGCUGAUCAAAGUAACUGCUCUGAGAUCAAGUGGUUAGUAGACAUCUUCAGAGCAAGAAUUGUGGAUAUCUCAGCACAUUCACUGACAGUUGAGGUCACUGGAGACCCUGGGAAGAUGGUUGCUGUCCAGAAAAACUUUAGCAAGUUUGGAAUCAAAGAACUUGCUCGAACUGGAAAGAUUGCCCUAAGACGGGAACGGAUUGGUGAGUCAGCUCCAUUUUGGAGAUUUUCUACAUCUUCUUAUCCUGAUCUUGAAGGAAAAUCUUCUGGUGAUGCUUCUGCUGGGAAAUCAAAUGGAUCACCCAAUGGCAAUGCCAUUGCAUACUCAAAGGGUGAUGUAUAUCCAGUGGAGCCUUACGAUGACUUCUUAGUAAAUCAAGUUCUUGAUGCUCACUGGGGUGUUAUCUAUGGUGAAGAGGCAAGUGGACUUCAGUCACACACUUUAUCUAUGCUUGUAAAUGACACUCCUGGGGUUCUCAGCAUACUUACCAGUGUUAUAUCUCGAAGAGGUUAUAACAUUCAGAGUCUAGCAGUGGGGCCUGCUGAGAGAGGGGGCCUUUCUCGCAUCACCACUGUUGUGCCUGGAACAAAUGAGUCAAUUGACAAGUUGGUUCAGCAACUUCACAAGUUAAUAGAUCUUCAUGAGGUUCAAGAUAUAACACACUUGCCAUUUGCAGAGCGAGAGUUGAUGCUUAUUAAAAUUUCUGUGAACACUGCCGCUAGGAGGGAUGUCCUUGAUAUUGCCAGAAUAUUCCGAGCCAAAGCUGUUGAUGUGUCUGAUCACACAAUUACCCUUGAGGUAACAGGUGAUUUGAACAAGAUGGUUGCCCUUCAGAGAUUAUUGGAGCCCUAUGGGAUAUGCGAGGUGGCGCGUACUGGGAGGUUGGCAUUGGUGCGGGAGUCGGGGGUGGAUUCCACAUACCUCCGUGGAUAUUCUCUUCCAUUGUAAUUUCAUUCUUGGGCCAAUUUUUCUGCUUUGCUUUUUUCCAGAAAGGAAAAUAAGGAAAUCUGUUGGGCCUGGCAAGAAUCUGAUGAAUUAUCAACUUCUGAGACCUGGUAGAUAUGGUGCUUGAACUUGAUAAAACCCUAAGCCAUAUUUCAUCUUUGCUAUGAGAAAGAAGAUAGUGAGAUACGAUACCAUGUAUCUCUUGACAAACUAUCAUUUUUAAACAGUUCAGUUUUUGCAUUUAAUCCUGUUUGGUUUCUUGCCCCUUCGUUCAUUUUGAAAUGAUUGAAAACUUCAAUCACUGCUGUCAUUUCUCUCCGAUGUAUCGACCAUUUAUUCCUAAACCACAGAAGCCAGGAUCGAUUUGUCUAAUCGCCCAACCAUAUAAGCCU